CAGAGGCCAAAGUCGGGACCUGACAAGAUGACCGGGCUGCCCCUCAGGAUCAUCAAGUUGACCCAGCGUUUGCUGGCGGAACCGGUUCCUGGCAUUAAAGCAGAACCAGAUGAGAGCAACGCCCGUUAUUUUCAUGUGGUCAUUGCUGGCCCCCAGGAUUCCCCCUUCGAGGGAGGGACUUUUAAACUUGAACUAUUCUUUCCAGAAGAAUACCCAAUGGCAGCCCCUAAAGUACAUUUCAUGACCAAAAUCUAUCAUCCUAAUGUAGACAAGUUGGGAAGAAUAUGUUUAGAUAUUUUGAAAGAUAAGUGGUCCCCGGCACUGCAGAUCCGCACAGUCCUGCUCUCGAGCCAGGCUUUGUUAAGUGCUCCCAACCCGGAUGACCCGCUAGCAAAUGACAUUACAGAGCAAUGGAAGACCAAGGAGGCCCAAGCCAUAGAAACAGCCAGAGCACGGACUAGGCUAUAUACCAUGAACAAUAUUUAAAUCCAUCUGAUCAUCAAGUGCGCGUCACUUCUCCUGUUCUGCCAAGACUUCUUCCUUUUUUGUUUGCAUUUAAUGGACACAGUCUUAGAAACAUUCAGAAUAAAAACCCAGAUAUCUUCAGUCCUUUAGUGA